AUGAUCGCCUUCGAUGAGCUGUUCGAGUUCCUACGGGAGGCUGAAAUAACAUGUGAUCAUUUUAACGAGCAGAUUGAAGAACAGGAGACAAUUAUUCUCUUCCUAAAUGAGUUAAAGUCGUGUAUCAACGAUCUGUCCCUUUCGCUAAAGCAUAGAAUAAACACCCCUGACGAUAUAACCGAACAGGACAUACUGAAGAAGGUUAUUAACAAGAAGGAGAGUCUUGAAUGGAUCCUUCGGAAGAAAAGGGACAACGUACUUGGAGGAACCAAUCAUGGUGACGUUAGCAGCUCCGCCAACCGUACCAACUGUGAUGCCCACGGCAACAGCGAUGUGGAUUACCCUACAGGGGAAACCCCCCCUAGUGUCGCCGCUCAACCGAACAACGCAGACGCGACUACUUAUGCAAAGGGGCCCACCUCCCCCUCUCCCAGCAGAAACAGUGUUAGCGCAACUUGGGACACAUACUCAAAAGUUAACGUUGCUGAGAAGCAUCCAACCCCGUCGCACAGUCUUCCUCCUUGUGCAACGCGGGGGUAUAAUAAAGUGGAACCAUCGCUUAACGGGGAAAAGGUACCAGCUGAACACGAAUCCCUCUCAAGGGAAGAUCCCCCAGCCGCCGCCAACGCAGCAGAGUCAGUAGCAGACCAAUCGGAGCGAAAAAGCUGCGAUGUGGUGGAAACCCUAAGUGAUGAGGUCCUAAAAGAAUGGAGCGAGCAAAUUGACGAGUAUGAUAACCUCCUCUAUGAAUACUCCUUUGCAUUUAAAAAAAAGGAUUUGCAUAAAAAAAUUCAAUCCAGAAAAAAUAUGAACAAGUCAGGUGAAAAUAUCGAUGAAGAGUUAUGCCUACUGGCACAGGAAAUGAAAGAAAACGUCUUAACGUACAGAGACAUCAUUGUGGAGGACAACAGGAUGCUGGAGCAGUCGGCGAACAAGCAGAUGUCCAACUUGGAUAAUAUAACUGAUGUGUAUAAGAAGACGAAGAAAAUGGGGCAGAGCAAAAAUAUUUCCUUUUUCGUGUCGCUGCUCAUAAUUGCCGUUUCGGCGCUGCUCUUCGUGCUCACCUUUUUCGUCAUCCUGACUUUGUAG